AUGAUAACUGGAAAGGAUAUCUAUAAUGUUCUUGCUGCAAUAGUACCCUUAUACGUGGCUAUGAUCUUAGCUUACGGCUCAGUUAAAUGGUGGAAAAUUUUUACACCUGAUCAAUGCUCAGGAAUCAAUCGAUUUGUGGCAGUUUUUGCUGUUCCAUUACUCGGAUUUCAUUUCAUCUCGACAAAUGAUAUUUAUGCAAUGAAUUAUCACUUCAUUGCUGCUGAUUCACUGCAAAAAGUUGUGAUUCUUGCAGCCCUUUUUCUGUGGCAUAGUUUCAGCAAAAAUGGGAGCUUAGAGUGGCUGAUCACUCUAUUUUCUCUCUCUACUCUUCCAAAUACUCUUGUAAUGGGAAUCCCCCUGUUGAGGGCUAUGUAUGGAGAUUUUUCGGGCAAUUUAAUGGUUCAAAUUGUUGUUAUGCAGAGUGUGGUUUGGUAUACUUUUAUGUUGUUCAUGUUUGAGUAUAGAGGAGCAAAACUGCUGAUUACUGAUCAGUUCCCAGAGACUGCUGGAUCCAUCACCUCUUUUCGUGUUGAAUCUGAUGUAAUGUCGCUUAACGGCCGCGAGCCGCUGCAGACGGAGGCGGAGAUAGGCGACGACGGCAAGCUGCAUGUGGUGGUGAAGCGUUCGACCACAGCUUCAAUGAUAUCUUCAUACAACAAAGGGUUGCAUUCAACAGGAAUGACUCCAAGAGCAUCAAAUCUAACUGGUGUGGAGAUUUAUUCGGUUCAAUCUUCGCGCGAGCCUACUCCGAGAGCCUCGAGUUUUAAUCAAACAGAUUUCUAUGCCAUGUUUAAUAGCAAAGCUGCAAGUCCUAGACAUGGAUACACGAACAGUAUUGGAGGUGGGACUGGAUCAGGAGGUGGGACUGGAUCAGGAGGCGGGACUGGAUCAGGUGAUGUGUUUUCUUUGCAAUCCUCGAAAGGCGUUACGCCAAGAACGUCGAAUUUCGAAGAGGAGAUGUUGAAGCUUGGGAAGAAGAGAACAGGAGGAAGAAGUAUGAGUGGAGAGUUAUUUAAUGGGGGCUUAGCUUCUUCUUAUCCUCCUCCAAAUCCUAUGUUUUCUGGCCCUAAGAAAAAGGAAAAUAACAAUGUGAACAGUACUACAAAUCCCAACAAAGAACUUCAUAUGUUUGUUUGGAGUUCAAGUGCAUCUCCUGUUUCUGAGGCUAAUAUGAGACAUGCUGUCAAUAAGGCUGCAGCCUCGACUGAUUUUGCUGCCAUUGAUGCUUCUAAAGCUGUUUUCCAACAAGACCUAGCUGCACUUAGAGAAAAUGGAAAAAUGAAUGGAGAAACAGAGAUUGAGAUCCAUGAUUCAUCGAAGAUCCCGAUCCCGACAACUGGCUCUCCAUUUUCAUGCCAGAAGAAAAUAGAUAUUGGGGAAGAAGCAGUGGAUAAAAAGCAGCAAAUGCCUCCUGCAAGUGUAAUGACUAGGCUUAUACUCAUAAUGGUUUGGAGGAAGCUCAUUAGAAAUCCCAACACUUAUUCAAGUCUUUUAGGGCUAAUAUGGUCUCUUGUAUCCUUCAGGUGGAAUAUUCAAAUGCCUUCUAUUGUGAAAGGUUCAAUAUCAAUCCUAUCAGAUGCAGGUCUUGGCAUGGCUAUGUUCAGUCUAGGUUUAUUCAUGGCUUUGCAACCAAAAAUCAUAUCCUGUGGAAAAUCUGUUGCUACAUUUUCAAUGGCUGUUAGGUUCUUAACGGGGCCAGCAGUAAUUGCUGCAACCUCCAUUGCUAUUGGUCUUCGAGGAGUGCUUUUGCAUGUAGCCAUUGUUCAGGCCGCUCUUCCCCAGGGAAUUGUUCCCUUUGUGUUUGCAAAAGAAUACAAUGUACAUCCAGACAUAUUAAGCACAGCGGUUAUUUUUGGAAUGCUGAUUGCCUUGCCCAUAACAAUUUUAUAUUAUGUUCUUCUUGGGGUGUAA